AUGUCACACCAAGUCUUGGAGGACAUCAUCGUGAGUUUCGGUCGGAGAGGAAAGUACCAGACGUGUCAGUACACCGUUAUCCUGCUCACCAUCGUGCCCGCAGUCUGGCAGAUAUUUGUCUACAUAUUUAUUGCGCGUCAGAUGGAUCACACUUGUACCCAAGUGUCUGCGCCUUCUCUAGAUCAACUGUUUGGAGUUCAGCCGGGAACUCUUGUCCAGAGCGACGUCGUGUAUGGAUCGUGUUUUGUAGACCUCGUUGGUGACGUCAAAAACCGCGCGACGACGUCAGUAAGAUGUCCUGCUGGUUACGAUUACAAAUUCAGCAGACAUGUAUCCAUUGUUUCUGAGUGGGAUCUCGUCUGUGAUGACAUUUUCAUGGGCAGCAUGAGUCAGGCGAUGUUUAUAGCGGCCCAGGGUCUUGGGGCGAUCAUCUUCACUAUUAUCUCGGACAGAACUGGCAGAAAACCUGUACUGAUUUCAAUUCUGGCCAUCACUCUCUUCCUGGCUGUCGGUAUUGGGUUUUCAGCAUCACUUCCAGCUUUUAUUGUCCUCAGAAGUGCUAUUGGUGCUGUAUCAGAGGGUGCUUAUCUUGUCUCCAUAACACUGGUUUUGGAGCUGAGCAUACCCGAAAACAGACUGGACAUUUUCGUGUUGUACGCCUUUGUGUGGGGCAUCUCGGCGUUAACAUUAGCACCAGUCGGUUAUCUUCUGAGAGACAAUUCGUGGCGCAUCAUUCAGUUCGUGUCCAGUUCAGUCGGAAUCAUUGUCUUCGUGCAGCUGUGGACUGUGGACGAGUCUCUCCGAUGGCUGAUUUCUAACAAAAGAUAUCAGGAGGCGGUAUCUCUCAUUCGGAAAGUUGCUCGAAUAAACAGAGUUGACUUGUGCGCCCUUGUUGUGAAAUUACCACACCAGGACGAAGAAACUCCGGAUAGUACAGGUUCCAAUAUCAAUUCCAUACCUGCCUCAGAUGAGGUUGCUAGUAGUACGGAUAAAACGGAUACAAGAAAUGAUAUUUUUACGCAUUUCAACGCAGUAUCUGGUGCACCAGGGGACGCAACUCAUCCGCACAGAAUCGAGGCGGAAACGACGUCAGUUGUCUCCCUUACAGCAGACCAAUUGGAGGUGUAUUCCACUGGUGGCAUUAGUUCAUCGUGUUCAGAUGACGAUAUAAUCAAAAAACUGAGAACGCGAACGAAAGAGAAAAACUGUUCAUGCUGUUCAAUGAUUGCUUCGAGACUUAUUUGUGUGAAUAUGAUAGUGUUGUGGAUUCUGUGUCAGGUUACUGUUACCAAGACUACAGAAUCUCCGGUCACGUUGUAUUUGUUUGUGAAACUCAUCUUCAGUCAGGUUACCGUUACCAAGACUACAGAUUCUCUGGUCACGUUGUAUUUGUUUGUGAAAUUCAUCUUCAGUCAAGUUACCGUUACCAAGACUACAUAUUCUCUGGUCGUGUUGUAUUUGUUGGUUAUUCAGCAGUUUGGUAGCGCUGCUAUCGAGAUAUUGGCGAUAGUGAUUGGCUUCACUGGGAAAGUCGGAAUAUCAGCAGCUUAUUACGUCAUCAUCUGCUACACUGUCGAGCUAUACCCUACUCCUAUACGAAAUAUCGGUGUAGGAUCGUCAGCAUUGUUUGCCAGACUCGGAGGAGUAUUGGCGACAUUUGGAAAUACACUGCAUAGUAACUGGCCGUGGUCAGUGGGAAGUCUUGCUGGCGUUCUAGGUGUCAUCGUAGCUCUGCUGGCGCUAGUCCUACCCGAGACGAGGAAGAAACCACUCCCCCAGACAGUGGAGGAUGUGAACAAUCUGUACGAUAAAAACAACACUGGUAAAUUCUGCUAA